AUGACUUUUGUGAAGACUUUUUGUGAGGAGAUAGGUGGUAUUGAUUUUGUCACAAUAGAUGACAGUAGGAAAUGUAACCGGGCAGCCAAGCUCAUGCAGAAGACAACUAACCCAGACGAUUUCGACGCAGGAAUAGUACUCGGAUUCAACACUGGAGUGGGCAACGGUUGGCUGCUUCUUGGAACACCAAGAGAUGCGAGUGGUAACCAAAAAGAAGAGAUAACUGGAGGUAGAGCAAUGGGUGGGCUUAUUGUAACAACCCUAUCUCCGAGACCUGCGAGGAUUGCAGCUCAUAUUGAAGUGUUAUCUCUGAGACCUGUGAGGAAUGCAGCUCGGAUUGAAGUGGUAUCUCCAAGACCUACGAGGAAUGCAACUCAGAUUGAAGGGUUAUCUUUGAGACCUGCGAGGAAUGCAGGUUGGAUUGAAGUGUUAUCUCUGAGACCUGCGAGGAAUGCAGCUCGGAUUGAAGUGGUAUCUCCGAGACUUGCGAGGAUUGCAGCUCAGAUUGAAUUGUUACCUCUGAGACCUAUCAGGAAUGCAACUCAAAUUGAAGUGGUAUCUCCGAGACCUGCGAGAAUUGCAGCUCAGAUUAAAGUGUUAUCUCUGAGACCUGCGAGGAAUGCAGCUCGGAUUGAAGUGGUAUCUCCGAGACCUGCGAGGAAUGCAGCUCAAAUUGAAGUGGUAUCUCCGAGACCUGCGAGGAUUGCAGCUCGGAUUGAAGUGUUAUCUCUGAGACCUGCGGGGAAUGCAGCUCGGAUUGAAGUGGUAUCUCCGAGACCUGCGAGGAAUGCAGCUCAGAUUGAAGUGUUAUCUCUGAGACCUGCGAGGAAUGUAGCUCGGAUUGAAGUGGUAUCUCCGAGACCUGUGAGGAUUGCAGCUCAGAUUGCAGUGUUACCUCUGAGACCUGCGAGGAAUGAGACUCGAUUAACUUUAUGUUUCCGAGAUCCAUGA